AUGCGUGGCAUCACCUGCUUGGUCAGCGAGACCUCCUUGCUGGAUCCUAUGGAGGGAAUCCGCUACCGUGGUCGGACGCUUCAGGAAUGCAUGGACCAAUUGCCAAAGGCUCCUGGAAGCAAAAUUGGCCUCCCCGAGGCCUCCUUUUGGCUGCUCCUGACGGAUGAAAUGCCUUCAGAUGCAGAAGUCAAGGCCCUGAAUGAGGAACUUCACAAGAGGUCCACACUUCCACAAAGUGUUGUGACUAUGAUUGACAGCUUGCCCAAGGAGACUCAUCCAAUGACUCAGCUCAGCAUGGGCCUCUUGGCCCUGCAGCCUACCAGCGAAUUUGGGAAGGCAUACAGAUCAGGCAAUUUGAAGAAGACUGACUAUUGGGUCUACACACUGGAGGACGCGUUGUCCCUCGUGGCAAAAGUUCCCGUGCUGGCCGCUCGAAUUUUCCGGAACGUCUUCAUGGAGGGCAAGCACAUCCCGAGCGACCCAUCAUUGGACUGGGCUGGCAAUUAUGCUCAGAUGCUCGGAGACCAAAGUUUGCCUCCAUUUGAGCCGUUGUGCCAAAUACCUUCCACUUUGUAUCAGCCAAAGCUGUGGAAGGAUGAGAACGAAGAUGCGCAGUCUGGUAGUGCACGCCUCGUUUCUCACUUGCCGCAUUGGCGGUUGCGUGCUUUGUGGCGACAGUGGCAGCAGCGUUCACGACGGAAACGGCGCUUACGACAGAUAGAUCAGCUGCUGGGGAGUGUGGUCACAGGAUGCCUGCGACAAAUGCUGUGGGCAUGGCAGAAAGUGCUCUUGCGGAAGGCGAUGCUUUUGCGAAGACAGCACGUUGCCAAAAAACUUUGUGACUUUCGAUGGCGUCAUCAGCAACUCAAACCUUUCCAUGCCUGGAAGGCAUUUUCACGAAGCCAAAGGGCUUCUGUUUUGCAGUCUUCGCAUGCAUCUCGUGCUUCAUAUGUUGUGAAAGACUCGAAACGUUUGGACCCAGCAAGUCCAUGUGCAGAUCCAUGGGAUUUGGGCUGCUGGGUCUUGCGUUUCUGGCACCUUACAACCUUAAGCAGCUCAUCGACCAAGUCGCUUCACUCGCGUACAGCAAGUCUGCGGCUGGAGCAGCGGGCAGCAGCGCAUUUCCUUGCUGUGGCACGGCAAGACGAACUUUCGUCCAAGUGUGUUUCUGACGAUGCUUUGUUCAAGGAUGUCACACGUUUGUACCUGAUGCUGCAUGCUGACCAUGAGGCUGGCAAUGUCUCUGCCCACACGACUCACUUGGUUGGUAGCGCCUUGAGUGAUCCGUAUUAUGCCUAUGCUGCUGGGGUUUGCGGCUUGGCUGGCCCUCUUCAUGGCCUUGCCAAUCAGGAAUGCCUUCGUUGGCUGAAGAACACCAAAGCCGAGCUGGGAGGAAAAGAACCUACUGUCGAGCUGCUCACCCAGUUUGCCAAGGACACUUUGGCGUCUGGAAAAGUGAUUCCAGGCUUUGGACACGGAGUCUUGCGCAACACCGACCCGCGCUAUACCAUCCAGCGGCAGUUUGCCCAGGACAACUUCCCAAAUGACCCACUGGUGAAGCUGGCAGAAGUCUGCUUCCAGGCGAUUCCUCCGGUGCUGGAAGCCACAGGGAAGGUGAAGAAUCCUUGGCCAAACGUGGAUGCUCUCUCCGGCACGUGCAUGCAGUACUUUGGCUUGAAUCAGGAGGACUACUACACGGUUAUCUUUGCUGUCUCGCGUGCGCUGGGUUGCAGCUCUAACUUGGUUUGGUGCGGAACCCAUGAUGGAAGUGGAUGGGCUUGGCUAGAAGCUAGAACUAGGCGAACUUAUUUCAUCACAGCUUCAAAUGACAUCCUCGCAGAGGGGGGUUCCUUGAUUGCAAUUCAUGCAAAAGUGCAGAUACCGAAGGAUAUAAGUCUACUAUUGGUCUAUUGUAGUUGUCAGUCGUCUCCUCAUAGUUUACUUGCUUUUUGA